AUGCAGACCAAGAUUGUCGUUUCUUUGCUCCUCGCUAGCUUGGCGGCGGCGGCUCCUCAGGCUACAGGCUCAAGCGACUCGGAAAUAGAUAUUCCAGCCAGUAUCCAGGGCGAACUUUUCUCCGCCCUACCUACCUCGGUGCAAUCAGAGCUUCUGGCCGACCCCACUGGUGCUCUCCCCUCAAUCUAUAGCGAGUACGUGACUAAGACCGAGUGGAUUUCGAGCCUGCCAUCGGAUGUCCAGAGCUGGAUCAGCGGUGCCGAGUCCUCGAUCUCUGAUAGCAGCGACAGCACCACCCUCACGGGCUCUUCGUCGGGGACGGCCACCGACUCGACCACUGGUUCCAGCAGCGUAGUUGCAACCACCACUGUCGAGUCGACCGCAAAGACCACUGGCUCCGAGACUGGCUCCUCAACCGCCGCCAGUAGCAGUGAUGGGGCUUCAAGUAGCGCCGGAUCGGAGACUUCGACUGCCGGUGCCCCCGCUGCCACUGGUAUGGGAAUGGGCCUGGCAGGUGCUGCCGGAGUUCUGGGCGUGGCGCUUUUCCUGUAA